AUGAGAUCCCUGCUAGGAUUGAGCGCAGACUCUGGAGGGGAUUGGCCAGGAACUCGUCAAGGACCUGGCCUGAAGACCUGGCUCAUCCAGCUGCCUACACCCCCUCAGGUUCCUCCUACAGCUUCUGUGUUCCAGAAUCACUUGCGGUCUCCAGAGGUGGUGUGUCAUGCUACAGGUUUCUUCCCAAAAACACUGAUGAUCUCCUGGCAGAAGGACGGACAGGACGUACUGGAGGACGUGGAGCUCAGAGAGACGUUACCCAACCAGGAUGGAAGCUUCCAGAAGAGGAGCAUUCUGAAAGUCUCAGCUGAGGAGCUGCAGAAACACACCUACACCUGUGUGAUUGAGCACAGCAGCUUGGAGAAGGAUUUAGUGCUGCCUGUGAGCGAGAGACGAAUCCUGAGAGAUGGAGGAUCAGAUGGAGGAUCAGAUGGAGGAUCAGAUGGAGGAUCAGAUGGAGGAUCAGAUGGAGGACUGAUUGGGAUCAUCUUUGCUAGACAAACAGUUACUGUAAUACUCAAACCCAAGUCCACCAACUACCCUGCCACAGUGCCCCACAGGAUUCAGACCUCACCUCUAGUCUUGCUAAACACGGCCAGUCAACAUUAUCACUGGACUGGUGAAGCUCAUAUAUAG